AUGGUUGGAUUUAAGCCUACAGAUGUGCCCCCAACAGCCACUGUCAAGUUCCUUGGGGCUGGCACUGCUGCCCGCAUAGCUGACCUCAUCACCUUCCCCCUGGAUACAGUCAAAGUCCAGCUGCAGAUUCAAGGAGAGAGCCGGGGGGUCAUCCGAGCUUCCUCUGCCACUGCCCAGUAUUGGGGCAUCAUGGGAACCAUUCUGACCAUGGUGAAGACUGAGGGCCCUGGCAGCCUAUACAAUGGGCUGGUGGCUGAAUUGCAGCACCAGAUGAGUUUUGCCUCUGUCCGCAUUGGCCUCUAUGACUCUGUCAAACAGUUCUACACCAAGGGAUUUGAGCAUGUGGGCACUGGGAGCCACCUCCUGGCAGGCUGUACCACAGGGGCACUGGCAGUGGCUGUAACCCAACCCACAGAUGUGGUGAAGGUACGUUUCCAGGCCCAGGAUCAUGCAGGUGGCAGCCAGAGAUAUCAGGGCACAUUGGAUGCCUAUAAGACUAUUGCCAGAGAAGAGGGGCUUUGGGGCCUAUGGAAAGGAACUUCACCCAGCAUUGCCCGCAAUGCUAUCAUCAACUGGGCUGAGCUGGUGACAUAUGAUCUCAUCAAAGAUGCCCUCCUGAAGGCCCACGUCAUGACUGAUGACCUUCCAUGCCACUUCACAUCAGCCUUUGGGGCUGGCUUCUGCAUCACCAUCAUUGCCUCCCCUGUGGACAUGGUCAAGACGAAAUACAUGGACUCUGCCAUGGGCCAGUAUGCCAGCGCUGGCCACUGCGCCCUCACCAUGCUCUGGAAGGAGGGACCCCAAGCCUUCUACAAAGGGUUCAUGCCUUCCUUCUUCUGCUUGGACUCCUGGAAUGUAGUGAUGUUUGUCACCUACGAGCAACUGAGACGGGCCCUGAUGGCUACUCGCACUUCCUGGGAAGCUCCUUUCUGA